GAGUUGUGCUUCGCGACGGUUGCUGAUCUUCCAGUGCUCCCAAAUAUAAAAUACAAAUUACCGAAAACCGAAUAAAACCGAAUAGUAUCUCCUCCGCCUCAGUCAAAUCUCCAUCUCAGAGUGUAUCUCCAUCUCUAUCUGCCCCCUGCUAUCUGUGGCUGCAUCUGUAACUCUCUCCCGUGAGAGUAUUGCGAGUGUGCGCCAGUGUGCGAGUGCUAAGCUUUUUGCUGUCGCCUAUGUGUGAGAGUAUUGGUGCUUCGGUCUGAACUAUGGUUCGCGUGCUCGUGUGCGUUUAACACUCGUACGUAUCGUAAUUUAAAAAUAGGUAUUUCGACAUUCCGCCGUGGAAACGAUGUGACACACCAGUCCAGAUACCCACAACAUCCACAACGAAACAACGAAGCAACGAAACAAAACGAUCUAAACCGCGAAAUAUUACUAAUAACCCCUGCCAGGGCCAAGAGCAGCAAUAAUUGUGAUUAACAAACGAACCCCGACCCCAAAUAAGCCCCAAAAACCAACCAGGUGCAACGCCAGUCUCUCACUCUCUCAGUCAGUGAUUACCUCAUCUGUGUCAAAAUGGUAUCAAAAAGCAGUAAAAAGAAACAAGUGUCGCAGAAGCAGCAGCAGCCGCCAGCCACAUCGACCACAACCACAUCGUCGUCGGCCUCGGCCACGAAGCUCACCAAACAACUGGGACCCGACGCCACAGCGACACUCACCACCAAGAGCAGCUCCACCUCGAUGGAGCACGAGUCCGUGUCGUAUGGAGAGCCAGUGGCGAGCACCUCAGCCGCCACACCUGGAUCAGUGGCCAGCACUUCAACCAUUCAUCCCAUUUCCAUGCCAGCUGCUGGCGUCAGGAGCUACAGCAGCAGCAGCAGCAGCAAGAGCAAGGCUGCCAUGUCCAGCUCCCAAUCCUCGUACACAGAGCAAUCUCAGUCCAAGUUGCAGUCCAAAUCCCAGUCUCAGUCGGAGCAGUACAGCAGCAGCAGCAGCAGCACCGCCAAGAUCUCCAGGGAUUACUCCAACGAGAAGAUCAUUGCCUCGAUCGAUCUGCUGGAGAGUGAGAAGAAGGAGCCAGUGUUCUCCGUUCCCAUCGAGGUGGUGGAGAUCACAACGCCCACGCUCUCCAUGUCGGCCAGCGGCGGCAGCCUCUCUAAGAUGUACACGUCCUCGUCUUCCAGCCAGCAGCAGCAACAGCAAGCGAGCAGCAGCUCCACUUACUUCGCCUCCACAACCAGUUCCAGCUCCACUCGGAGCGCCAAUGAAACGCUCAUUGCAAGCGAGAGAGCCGACGCAGCGGCUACCGGUAUGACAUCAUCCGGCGCGAGGAAACAGGUUGGCUUUGACACGAGCAGUAGCACCAACACAAACAUCAAUACCAACAUCAAUACCAAUACCAACACCAACAUCAAAAGCAGCAGCAUCAGCAGCAAAAACUUCAGCGAAUCUCAGAGCGUGCCAAAGCUGCCACCCGUCAGCGGAACAGCUGAUGGGCACGACACAUCGGUGACGUCGUCAAGUUGCCCCGAACCGGUUGCCGCGCCGUCUACCGCGACCACAACAAAAGCGACGUCAUCCACCUCGCAGAACGAUAAACUGGAACUAUUGUCGGGAAGCGCAGCCACAACAGCUGUGGACCAUAACAGGGCCACGUCAUUGACGUCCAACACUGAGGUCAGCGAGAGCACCACACGUAGCAGCUUGAGCAGCACAAAGCAGUCCAGUUCGUCGUCCAAGAAGGAGGUGUACGACGUGAAGACCAAGACCUGGACAGAGCUCAGCGAUGGCACCACUACUCUGCCUAGUGGCAACACAAGCAAGCCGACCUUCGAGCGGUACGUCAGCAAGGAGUCGGACGGGAGCUGCAAGGUGACGUACAAGAAGAAGAUAUACGACAGGCGCAACAAUAGGUGGCGCGUAGUGGACGAACGGACUGUGGACAGCACCAAUGACCGGGGCUAUCCCGAAAUAGUCGAUGAUGUCAUCAACACAACCACCACAACAUACACCACGAAGGUGUACGACACGAAGCUCGGCAAGUGGACGGUCGUCGACGAGAAGUCGUUCACAGAUAGCAAAGCUUUCGUGCCCAAUGACAUUGCUCGUGAAAUCGAGAAAGAUAAUACCGAUGUGGCAAACAUAACAACUACCACGGAGGUAACGAAGAUUUUCGAUGCGAGCAUCAACGACUGGCGUGUUCUGGACGAGAAGGUGCACACGGAUGUCAUUGAGAAGAUUGUAGAGACGCCCAAGAAGACCAUCUACGUGGAUGAGUUUGUGGAGAUUGAGAAGAACACCUCGAUUUCGGAGAACAAUGAGAAUAUAACCCUGAAUCUGAAUGAAACAUCGAAACACAAAAAUAUUACCGAGAAUAUUUAUGAUGAAAUCGAUUAUGUGCGCACCGAUAAGAAACGCUUAGACGAUUCAAGAAACCGUGGAGUCGUCAAGAACAAAACUACGACGCACAGCGAGCGUUGCAUCUGUGAGAUCUGCACAUGCGGACGACAUCACUGCUCAACCAGCACAACGAAAUCCACAGAAAACACAAUCAUUGAAACUGAUGAUACCCUCGACGAAGCAUACACAAGAGUACGUACAAAUACCUGGUCGAAGAGAGACAAUGGAAGCAUUCCCAAGCCAAACGAAGACAUAUUAGUGGACUACGUAGUCAUAAAGAAGCCAGAAGACAAUCUAAAGCCAGAAGGAGACUUCACAGUGCCCACGAAAGAGCCAUACAAGCCCGGCGAGAGGCGUGAGAAAAUUGUACACACAGACAAUCUGCGGACAGAGGGAGAAAUGACCUUCAACGAGAGGGAGGAGUAUCAAUACACCGUCCGUCCUGGAUAUGUAAAGCCCACGGACAACCUUAAGCCCGAGGGUGAGUUCUACAGCCCAGAGAAGCCAAUAUAUCAGCCGGGAGAUCGCCCAACACAAGUUCGACACAAGGACAACUUGCGGCCCGAAGGCGAGUUCUAUACACCCGACAAGCCAGGCUUUACACCAGCCGAACGGCCCACCCAAAAGAAGCCCGUGGAUAACCUUAAGCCUGAAGGGGAAUUCCUUGCACCGGAAAAACCCGCCUAUCGCCCAGGAGAAAGGCCUGAGAAAAUUAUCCGGAGCGACAACUUGCGCACUGAAGGAGAAAUGACCUUUGUGGAGAAAGAGGAGUACCAAUAUGUGGUACGACCAGGACAAGUAAAGCCCACUGAUAACCUCAAACCAGAGGGGGAAUUCUACAGUCCUGAGAAACCGAAGUAUAGACCAGGCGAUCGUCCCACUCAAAUUAGGCAUGAAGACAAUCUGAAGCCCGAAGGCGAUUUCUACACUCCAGAAAGACAAGGAUACAAGCCCAGUGAGCGUCCAUCCCAAGUACGACCUGAAGACAAUCUCCGACCAGAGGGGGAGUUCUAUACUCCGGAGAAACCAGGAUUCAGACCCGCUGAAAGACCAGUCCAGAAGAAGCCUGAGGAUAACCUAAGACCCGAGGGAGACUUCCACAGUCCCGAAAAGCAGAAGUAUACACCUGGAGAACGUCCUACCCAAGUCAGACCUGAGGACAAUCUUCGUCCUGAGGGAGAGUUCUACAGUCCCGAGAAAACUAAGUACAGGCCAGGAGAACGUCCUACCCAAGUUAGACCUGAAGAUAAUCUCCGACCAGAGGGAGAGUUCUAUGCUCCGGAUAAACCUGGAUUUAGACCCGCUGAGAGACCUGUCCAGAAGAAGCCAGAGGAUAAUCUGAAACCCGAGGGAGAUUUCUACAGUCCCGAAAAGAAGAAGUAUACACCUGGAGAACGCCCUACGCAAGUCAGACCUGAAGACAAUCUCCGACCUGAGGGAGAGUUCUAUACUCCGGAUAAACCAGGAUUUAGACCCGCUGAGAGGCCUGUCCAGAAGAAACCAGAGGAUAAUCUGAAACCCGAGGGAGAUUUCUACAGUCCCGAAAAGCAGAAGUAUACACCCGGAGAACGCCCUACGCAAGUCAGACCUGAAGACAAUCUCCGACCAGAGGGAGAGUUCUAUGCUCCGGAUAAACCUGGCUUUAGACCCGCUGAGAGGCCUGUCCAAAAGAAACCCGUGGACAACCUAAAGCCCGAGGGAGAGUUCACGAAGCCUGAGAAACAGUGUUACAAACCUGCUGAUAAGAAUGAAAGGAUCAUUCGUAAGGACAACCUACGUACCGAAGGUGAAAUGACGUUCGUGGAGAAGCAGGAGUAUCAAUACGUGGUCCGUCCUGAUCAAGUCAGACCCACGGAUAAUCUGAAACCCGAGGGAGAUUUCUACAGUCCCGAAAAGCAGAAGUAUACACCUGGAGAACGUCCUACGCAAGUCAGACCUGAAGACAAUCUCCGACCUGAGGGAGAGUUCUAUACUCCGGAGAAACCUGGAUUCAGACCCGCUGAGAGACCUGUCCAGAAGAAACCCGUGGAUAAUCUGAAACCCGAGGGAGAUUUCUACAGUCCCGAAAAGCAGAAGUAUACACCUGGAGAACGCCCUACGCAAGUUAGGCCUGAAGACAACCUCCGACCUGAGGGAGAGUUCUAUACUCCGGAGAAACCAGGAUUCAGACCCGCUGAGAGGCCUGUCCAGAAGAAACCCGUGGACAAUCUAAAGCCCGAGGGAGAGUUCACGAAGCCUGAGAAACAGGUUUACAAACCUGCUGAUAAGAAUGAAAGGAUCAUUCGUAAGGACAACCUACGUACCGAAGGCGAAAUGACGUUCGUGGAGAAGCAGGAGUAUCAAUACGUGGUCCGUCCUGAUCAAGUCAGACCCACGGAUAACCUGAAACCCGAGGGAGAUUUCUACAGUCCCGAAAAGCAGAAGUAUACACCUGGAGAACGUCCUACGCAAGUCAGACCUGAAGACAAUCUCCGACCUGAGGGAGAGUUCUAUACUCCGGAGAAACCUGGAUUCAGACCCGCUGAGAGGCCUGUCCAAAAGAAACCAGAGGAUAAUCUGAAACCCGAGGGAGAGUUCACGAAGCCUGAGAAACAGGUUUACAAACCUGCUGAUAAGAAUGAAAGGAUCAUUCGUAAGGACAACCUACGUAGCGAAGGUGAAAUGACGUUCGUGGAAAAGCAGGAGUAUCAAUACGUGGUCCGUCCUGAUCAAGUCAGACCCACGGAUAACCUGAAACCCGAGGGAGAUUUCUACAGUCCCGAAAAGCAGAAGUAUACACCUGGAGAACGUCCUACGCAAGUCAGACCUGAAGACAAUCUCCGACCUGAGGGAGAGUUCUAUACUCCGGAGAAACCAGGAUUCAGACCCGCUGAGAGACCUGUCCAGAAGAAGCCAGAGGAUAAUCUGAAACCCGAGGGAGAUUUCUACAGUCCCGAAAAGCAGAAGUAUACACCUGGAGAACGUCCUACGCAAGUCAGACCUGAAGACAAUCUCCGACCUGAGGGAGAGUUCUAUACUCCGGAGAAACCAGGAUUCAGACCCGCUGAGAGACCUGUCCAGAAGAAGCCAGAGGAUAAUCUGAAACCCGAGGGAGAUUUCUACAGUCCCGAAAAGCAGAAGUAUACACCUGGAGAACGCCCUACGCAAGUUAGGCCUGAAGACAACCUCCGACCUGAGGGAGAGUUCUAUACUCCGGAGAAACCAGGAUUCAGACCCGCUGAGAGGCCUGUCCAGAAGAAACCCGUGGACAAUCUAAAGCCCGAGGGAGAGUUCACGAAGCCUGAGAAACAGGUUUACAAACCUGCUGAUAAGAAUGAAAGGAUCAUUCGUAAGGACAACCUACGUACCGAAGGCGAAAUGACGUUCGUGGAGAAGCAGGAGUAUCAAUACGUGGUCCGUCCUGAUCAAGUCAGACCCAUGGACAACCUGAAACCCGAGGGAGAUUUCUAUAGUCCAGAGAAACCGAAGUAUGCACCUGGAGAACGUCCUACGCAAGUCAGACCUGAAGACAAUCUCCGACCUGAGGGAGAGUUCUAUGCUCCGGAUAAACCUGGAUUUAGACCCGCUGAGAGGCCUGUCCAAAAGAAACCAGAGGAUAAUCUGAAACCCGAGGGAGAUUUCUACAGUCCCGAAAAGCAGAAGUAUACACCUGGAGAACGUCCUACGCAAGUCAGACCCGAAGACAAUCUCCGACCUGAGGGAGAGUUCUAUGCUCCGGAUAAACCUGGAUUUAGACCCGCUGAGAGGCCUGUCCAAAAGAAGCCUGAGGAUAAUCUGAAACCCGAGGGAGAUUUCUACAGUCCCGAAAAGCAGAAGUAUACACCCGGAGAACGCCCUACGCAAGUCAGACCUGAAGACAAUCUCCGACCUGAGGGAGAGUUCUAUACUCCAGAGAAACCAGGAUUCAGACCCGCUGAGAGGCCUGUGCAGAAGAAACCCGUGGACAAUCUAAAGCCCGAGGGAGAGUUCACGAAGCCUGAGAAACAGGUUUACAAACCUGCUGAUAAGAAUGAAAGGAUCAUUCGUAAGGACAACCUACGUACCGAAGGCGAAAUGACGUUCGUGGAGAAGCAGGAGUAUCAAUACGUGGUCCGUCCUGAUCAAGUCAGACCCAUGGACAACCUGAAACCCGAGGGAGAUUUCUACAGUCCCGAAAAGCAGAAGUAUACACCUGGAGAACGUCCUACGCAAGUCAGACCUGAAGACAAUCUCCGACCUGAGGGAGAGUUCUAUGCUCCGGAGAAACCAGGAUUCAGAGCCGCUGAGAGACCUGUCCAGAAUAAGCCAGAGGAUAAUCUGAAACCCGAGGGAGAUUUCUACAGUCCCGAAAAGCAGAAGUAUACACCUGGAGAACGCCCUACGCAAGUCAGACCUGAAGACAAUCUCCGACCUGAGGGAGAGUUCUAUACUCCGGAGAAACCAGGAUUCAGACCCGCUGAGAGACCUGUCCAGAAGAAGCCAGAGGAUAAUCUGAAACCCGAGGGAGAUUUCUACAGUCCCGAAAAGCAGAAGUAUACACCUGGAGAACGCCCUACGCAAGUCAGACCUGAAGACAAUCUCCGACCUGAGGGAGAGUUCUAUACUCCGGAGAAACCAGGAUUCAGACCCGCUGAGAGGCCUGUUCAGAAGAAGCCUGAGGAUAAUCUGAAACCCGAGGGAGAUUUCUACAGUCCAGAGAAACCGAAGUACAGGCCUGGAGAGCGUCCAUCCCAAGUUAGGCCUGAAGACAAUCUCCGACCUGAGGGAGAAUUCUAUACUCCGGAUAAACCAGGAUUCAGACCCGCUGAGAGGCCUGUCCAAAAGAAACCCGUGGACAAUCUAAAGCCAGAGGGAGAGUUCACGAAGCCUGAGAAACAGGUUUACAAACCUGCUGAUAAGAAUGAAAGGAUCAUUCGUAAGGACAACCUACGUAGCGAAGGUGAAAUGACGUUCGUGGAGAAGCAGGAGUAUCAAUACGUGGUCCGUCCUGAUCAAGUCAGACCCACGGAUAACCUGAAACCCGAGGGAGAUUUCUACAGUCCCGAAAAGCAGAAGUAUACACCUGGAGAACGUCCUACGCAAGUCAGACCUGAAGACAAUCUCCGACCUGAGGGAGAGUUCUAUGCUCCGGAUAAACCUGGAUUUAGACCCGCUGAGAGGCCUGUCCAGAAGAAGCCUGAGGAUAAUCUGAAAACCGAGGGAGAUUUCUACAGUCCGGAGAAACCGAAGUACAGGCCAGGAGAACGUCCAUCCCAAGUCAGACCUGAAGACAAUCUCCGACCAGAGGGAGAGUUCUAUGCUCCGGAUAAACCAGGAUUCAGACCCGCUGAGAGACCAGUCCAGAAGAAACCCGUGGACAAUCUUAAACCCGAAGGAGAGUUCACGAAGCCUGAGAAACAGGUUUACAAACCGAGUGACAGAACGGUGAAGAUAAUCCAAAAGGACAACUUGCGAACUGAGGGUGAAAUGAGUUUCGUUGAAAAGAAGGAAUAUGAAUAUGUCGUGCGACCGGAGCAAGUAAGACCUAUAGAUAACUUGAAGCCGGAAGGAGAGUUCUUCAGCCCAGACAAACCGAAGUAUCAACCAGGCGAGCGGGUUACCGUUGUGCGGCAGAAGGAUAACUUGAAGGUGGAGGGAGAGUUUUACGCACCCGACAAAUCUGACUUCCAACCUGCCGAAAGGCCCAAACAAAAGAAGCCGCUUGAUAAUUUGAGGCCAGAGGGAGAGAUGGUUUUGCCAGAAAAGGAGAAAUACAAGCCCGCCGAUAAGGUUACUAGAGUGGUUCAUAAGGAUAAUCUCCGCUCUGAGGGAGAAAUGACUUUUACGGAGAAAACUGAAUACCAGCACGUGGUUAGACCCUCUCCGGUUAGGCCGGAGGAUAAUCUGAAGACCACGGGUAAGUUCUACGUACCAGAGAAGCCAGCAGUUACAAACGGGGAGCGCCCCGAAGCGGUCAGGCCCAAGGAUAAUCUGAAGCCGGAAGGAGCUAUGUACACCCCUGAAAAGACCAAAUACGAGCCUGCCUCCCGACCAGAGCAGAAGAGGUAUGUGGACAACCUGAAGCCAGAGGGAAAGAUGCACAUGCCAGAGAAGGAAUCGUUCAGGCCGGCGGAUAGGGUGACGACAGUAAUCAGGAAGGAUAACCUAAAGACCGAAGGUGAAAUGACCUUCACACAGAAGGACGUGUAUCAGAGUGUGAAGCGGCCCGAGCAGGUAAAGCCGUGCGACAACCUGAAGGUCGAAGGAGAGUUCUUCACACCCGAUAAGAAACCAUUCCGUCCGGCCGAGCGACCUAUCCAAAAGAAGCCAAAGGACAACCUGAAGCCAGAGGGAGAAUUCUACAGAAGAAGCGAUAGGACGGAGACCGAUAGCACCACGAUAGAAACCACAAAGCGAGAGACACCCAAGCGACCGGUGGAUAACCUUAAACUGGAAGGUUCCAUGACAGUGACCCGAAGGGAUGACUAUAAUAAAAAGGAGACCAACAAGACCACGGUAGAGAAGGUUCAGCGGACACAAAAGUAUCAGCACAACAGCUCCUCCAUUAGCCUGGGAACCGACACCGCCAUCCGCAAGACCACCAACCAGAUGAACUAUGUUUCCGGCAAGGAUGCCGUCAAGCAGGUGGACUCCGACAGCCAGAACCCAGUGGAUGGUCUAAUUGUAGUGUCCACCACGAGGGUGACCACUGUGAUAGGAGGUCACAAGAAGGAGCCCGAAACCGAGUACGUGAAACGCCCAGCCAGGAUAAAUGUGAAUGUGAAUGUGGCCAAGAACACCACGACGACGAAUAUCGAAAACACCCAGAACGUCCACAAGGAAACCACCUCGAUGCAGCGUAGCCACAAUGUGGUCGAGAACACUGCAGUAAACAGUGAGCUGAUCCGAGGAUCGGAUGUCUCCAGCAGGGCCAUCCAAUCGAGCACUACGAAUCGUGGCGGCCAGAUCACCAGCCACAUCACUGGAGACACCGGCUCCCAGCAUGUAGUGUCCGGAAGAACCGUCUCGAACUCGAACAUAACUGGGGAUUCCACAACUCGAGUGAUCUCUGGAAAAACAAUCACCAGCAACAUGACCGAGGACUCUACGUCGAGGGUAGUCUCAGGAAGGAACGUCUCCAGCAACAUCAUUGGAGAUUCAUCCACUCGCGUGGUGUCCGGAGGGAACCUCUCCAGCAACAUAACUGGGGAUUCAUCCUCCCGAUUGGUGUCCGGAAGGAACGUCUCGAGCAACAUGAUUGGAGAUUCAUCCUCUCGCGUGUCGACUGGCAGAAACAUUUCCACAAAUAUCACCGGAGACUCGUCGUCCCGCGUGGUAUCCGGUGGGCAAAACGUGACUGAUGAUUCAACAUCGCGAGUCGUCUCGGGCGGCAGGACCUCCAGCAGCAACAACAUUGUCACCGGCAGCUCUACAUCCCAUACGAGCUCCUCCAAGCAUUUUCAUCACCGCAAGAGCGAGUUCUCCUCAGAGGCUGAUGUCUCGAACACGAUCUUCCAUCGCAAGAACGUCGCCACAGACUCGGCUGCAGCCAAUGGCAGUAGUCUAACUUCAAACGGCAAAAUGAUGCGGAAAAGUAUUCUGAAUCUGCACGAGCAGCCCUCCAGCACACCAGCCCAUGGCAGCGAUCGACAGAGCUACAGCAGCAUCCACAGGCAAAAUCGGGAAUCGGACCAUAACACCAGCUACUCCAGUGAGCGCCGCAGCUCCAGUGUCCACAAGGAGAACAGGGAGAGCAACACAAAGAACUCUUCUUCCAUGUCAAGGAUAAUUUCCGGAGGAGGUACUGGCACUGGCACUGCCACCGACAGCAGAUCAACCAUCACACGCACCCAAGUGUUGGGUGGUGGCAUCGAUUUCCCCUCCCAAUCUCACACCCAUGUGGGAGGCCAUGGCAGGCGCCACCAUCAUGUGUCCAGCUCCAGCGGCGGCAUCGAAUUUCCCUCCUACAGUGCCCACGGCGGACACACCGAGCGUGUGGUCACGCGGCGGGGCAACCAGUCUUCCAUCAGCCUCGGCAGCGACACAAAGUGCACGGGAUCGAGUCAGUACAAGAGCGAGUACAUCAGCGCCCCGACCACCACCUGUGCGGUGCAUAAUAUUAAGAAAGGUGCAUUCCAACAUACCAGGAGUACUCAAGAACACAAGUUCUUCAAGACCUCAAACUAAUCGACAUUAACCGACAAUUAAAUGACACACAUACAUAUCUGUGUAGCACUAACACAUCCAUUUACCUACCAUAUUAACGUAUAAGUUUCCAUGACAAUAUUUGUAUCUUAUCUUUUAUAUCCGAG